AUGAAUGACAAGCAGAUCUUGCUGGAUGUGAUGAUGUUCGAUGAAGAGGUGAGGCUUGACAUGUUUCUCGCACAAGGGAAUCGCUAUCCAAACAAGAUUGAAGUCACCUUAACGGCAGGGAAGCUGCUGUAUGGGUUGCUGGCUGUUCACAUAUACCAUUUCAACUCAGUUUUGACCUGUUGGUCUGACGGUCUUCCCAAGGUCUACUGGUGGAGCAGUACCAGACUUCUUCAAACCUUUCAGGAUUCAGGCCCACCACAUCACCUUAUCCCAUUGAAUUUCCUCCCACAUGUGAAGUGUUUGAAGAAGCCUGGUACUGCUCCACCAGCAGACAUUGGGAAGACCAUCAGACCAAUGGGUCAAAACUGA